AUGACUGCGGAAGGCGAGAAAAAUGAACAAUUGACGCCUCAGACGCCGGUUUUAAGCGUGGCCUGCAGAAUUUUGAGAUCUCCGAGUCAUGAGAGUGUUACCACCGACUUGUCCUUAUUUUCGGUAUCCUCAGCCGCCUCCGAUGUCCACGGGGGUAGGAGGCUGCUUAAUUUUCACAAGUGCGACGGACAGUUCGUGAGGGGCCAUAGCCCUAAUCCUGACAACAGGAACCAGAGUAGGCCGGCAGACAUACCUGAAAUUUUAUGGUUUGAGGAAGAGACUGAAUUAAUUCGUAGUUGUGCAGCCUUAUCAUCCGCCGUUGGUCUUCAAAAAAGUUUCAGUACAUCAGAUAUUAGCCAGUUACCGUCACCCGAAGAGGGACCCACUCUUCCAGGACUUAGAAAUGCUGUAUCUGAGUUAGCCCUUAAUUCAUUACAAAGAUCAGGAUUUAUUUUGGAGAAUGCAAGAUUGGACCAAACUUCCAGGUCUUGCUCAACAUGGGUCGCUGUUGGUGAUAUAGCUUCAACUUCUCAAUUGCCUUCUCCACAUGGUGGUCAAUCAAAUUCAAAUACUCAGCAACCUACCAGUACUCCGCCUCCACCUGUUUUUACUGCUGCUGACUUUAUACGAUCUGUUAAUAAAAAGGUCCGUCAAAACUACAUAAGACGUCGCUUACUAACCACCUACAAGGCCAUAGAAAGGCUUUCUCAAAGUGAGUUCAACUUGGACAGAUUAGAAGUAACCCCUUCAACAGCAACGGCAAGCCUAGGUUCUGAAUCAUCGCCUAUCAAUUCACAAGCAGCUCCGUCCCGUCUGACAGUUCCAGGUUCCAGUCCCACUCCCAGCAAGAGUCCUACGACUUCCAACAGUACAAACGCGGCCAUGUUAAGAGUAGCUAAGCAGAGAGCCGGGAAAAAUUUGCCUUUAACUAUUAGAGACGUUGAACGAGAAAGAGGAAAGCCAUUAUCGAAGUACGAGAGGAACAUGAUGAUCUUUAAUUGGCUUCAUACUUUAGACGAUACCGCUUACGUGGAGGGCAUCCAGUAA